AUGAACAGUAUGAAGACAUUUUUGGCUGUUGAAGUGUCAGGAUUCAAUGUUGGACCACGCAGAAGCAGUAGAUGGGGUAAAAAACAACAAAAGAAAGCGAAGGAAGAAGUACCAUCCCUAUCGCCGCCGACUACUACUGCUACUGCUGAUGCUGCUCCUCCUGCGAACAGUGCGAAUAGUGUAGAAGAGGGCCGACUAACGCAUUUCUACUGCUAG